AUAGGGGACAGGACAACAUGGCUGCUGCUGCGGGCCGAUACUACGGAGAAGGCGGCAGAGCAACGAAAAGACAGAAAACCGAGGAAGGAGGAAUGACAACGGAGAGCUACGAUGACCCUCACAAACCGCUCCCCUCCCCGGUGGUGCACAUCAGGGGCCUGGUUGACGGUAUCAUGGAGGCUGACCUGGUGGAGGCCCUGCAGGAGUUUGGAGCCAUCAGUUAUGUGGUCAUGAUGCCCAAGAAGCGCCAGGCCUUGGUGGAGUAUGAAGACAUGAACGGCUCCUGCAACGCUGUCACAUACGCAGCAGAGAACCAGGUCUACAUCGCAGGCCACCCCGCCUUCAUUAAUUACUCCACCAGCCAAAAGAUCUCGCGGCCAGGAGAUUCAGACGACACCCGGAGCGUCAACAACGUGCUGCUGCUCACAAUCAUAAACCCCAUCUAUCCAAUCACCACGGAUGUCCUCUACACCAUUUGUAACAACUGUGGUCCUGUACAGAGGAUCGUCAUCUUCAGAAAGAAUGGUGUUCAGGCCAUGGUUGAGUUUGAUUCGGUCCAAAGUGCGCAAAGGGCUAAAGCCUCUCUGAAUGGAGCAGACAUCUAUUCUGGUUGCUGCACUCUGAAAAUUGAAUAUGCCAAGCCAGCACGCCUUAAUGUCUUCAAGAAUGACCAGGACACGUGGGAUUACACAAACCCUAACCUGAGUGGCCAAGAUGCUGAUGGUGAAGGCAAUUGGAACAAUUCACAAGAUCCUAAUGCCAAUCCCAACAAACGUCAGAGGCAGCCUGCUCUGCUGGGAGACCACCCACCUGAUUAUGGUGGCCCUCAAGGAGGUUAUCAUAGCUAUAAUGAUGAUAGCUACGGCCCCCCUCCUCCUCACCGUAUGGGGCCAGGUAUGGGUGGGCGCGGUCGCGGUAGCCAGCGCUACGGCCCUGGAUACGGCCCCCCGCCUCCUGAAUACGGCCCUCACGCUGAUUCCCCGGUUCUUAUGGUGUAUGGCCUCGAGCCCUCAAAGGUCAAUUCUGACAAGGUCUUCAACAUCUUCUGCCUGUAUGGAAAUGUAGAGAGGGUUAAGUUCAUGAAGAGCAAGCCCGGGGCAGCGAUGGUGGAGAUGGGCGACUGUUAUUCAGUGGACAGGGCGAUCACUCACCUAAACAACAACUUCCUUUUCGGACAGAAACUCAACGUUUGCGUGUCCAAACAGCAGGCCAUCGUGCCAGGACAGUGCUACCAGCUAGAAGACAACUCCAGCAGUUUCAAAGAUUUCCACGGCUCCCGCAAUAACCGCUUCACCUCGCCAGAGCAAGCAGCCAAGAACCGAAUCCAGCACCCCAGCAACGUCCUGCACUUUUUUAACGCACAGCCUGACAUUUCUGUAGAGAUCUUCAACCAGGUCUGUGAUGAAUUGGGGAUUAAGAGCCCAUCGAGUGUGAAACUUUUCACUGGAAAGAGUGAGCGAAGUUCGUCCGGCCUUCUGGAGUUUGAAUCCAUCAAUGAUGCCAUGGAAGCGCUAGCUAUGAUUAACCAUUACCAGAUGAAAAAUCCCAGUGGGCCUUACCCAUACACCCUGAAGCUGUGUUUCUCCACCACACACCACGCCAACUAAAUACUCAAACUAUUUGUAUUGUCUCGUGUCUUUGCAUAGAGUAUACUACAGUUCUGUUCUCACGUUCAAAUGUUCAAUCACUAUUGACACAAACUAGGAUUGAUGUGAUUUAGAACCUGUUACUUUAACUUUGAUUUUGUAUGAUUUUAUUUUACUUGUAUCAUGUUUUUUCAAGUCAGUUGUUAAUUUUGUAUGUUCACAACACUAGAUUUGAAUAACUCCUCACCCCACUACUCAACAUAUUUCGAUGUGGACCUCAAUUUUUUGUUUUUUAAAUAAAGAAAAGAGUAACUGUUAAUGGAGGCUGAUUUAACCAGUUUUCUAAUCUUUAGCGAUUAGUUUGUAUGCCUCAUUAAUUGUUCACUCUUGAAAGGUAAACAUCCAUUCACAGGAGAAUAAAAAUAUAUUAAUUGGCAAUUUCUUGACUAGUUUUCUGGAUCAAAAGGUCAUACUGAAUUUUUAUUGUUGUUCUGAAGUGGUUGGGUUUCCUUCCAUGUGUUUGAUACCUGGACCAUAGAAGAGUCAAUAUGAAGAAUGAAGAGCCCCUCCAGAUGUGUUUGACACAAAGACAUAUAAAACACUCUGCUUGGAA